CACCCUGUCAGCCCGAGCUUCACACGUACGUACCAUACCAUACCAUAGACCACGACCCGUCGUUUCCAUCUUCCACCACCACCCACCCAACUACAGUAACCACUCCCUCCAUCCGCCGCAUCGAGAGCACGACCACCACAUUGCAAUGUCGAAAUCCUGGGAAAUAGAUCCAGACACGCGGCGCAAGCUCCUCGCGCUGCAAAAGCUUCCGGGCAACAACACCUGCAGUGACUGCGGCGCUCCAGCGCCGCAAUGGGCAAGUCCGAAGUUCGGAAUCUUCAUCUGCCUGACGUGCGCGGGGGUGCACCGGGGGCUCGGCGUCCACAUCUCGUUCGUGCGCUCGGUCACCAUGGACGCGUUCAAGAGCGAGGAGAUGGCGCGCAUGGAGAAGGGUGGGAAUAUGAGAUGGAAGGAGUAUUGUCGCGCGCAAGGCAUGCUCGAGACCGGCGGCGGCGAGGGCGCGAUAAAGGAUCGGUAUGAGUGUGAGGCUGCUGGGAAUUAUAAGGAUAUGUUGACCGCCGACGUUGAGGGCCGCGAAUAUGUCCCCCCACCUCCAAACACUAGCAACACCAACACCGCUAGACCAUCACGCAGCUCCACGCCCUCCGCCUCCUCCAGCGUCCCCCUCUCCUCCGACGCGGCCUCGAAAAAAGCGCGCAACGAAGCCUACUUCGCGCGACUGCACUCCGCGAACGAGACGCGGCCGGACUCGCUCCCCCCUUCCCAAGGCGGCAAAUACGCCGGCUUCGGCUCGACCCCACCCCCGUCCUCCUCGGCAGGGGGACCAUCCGACGUACUCGGCGACCUAACGCGCGAUCCAGUAGCGGCACUAACCAAGGGCUGGGGCUUCUUCACGACGCAAGCGACGCGGGCGGCGAUGCUGGCGAACGAGCAGGUGAUCAAGCCGACGGCGCAGAAGCUGGCGGAAGCGGACCUAGCCAGGACCGCCGCGCUGAUGGGGCAGGGCGUGCAGCAGGGCGUGCAGGGCGUUGGCCGCCUCGGUUAUGAGAACUUUAAUAAGUUUGUGGAGGGCCCCGGAGCCGGAGGGGCUGCGAGGGGAAGGGUCGAGCCUGAGAGGAAGGACUUUUGGGAGAGCUUUGGUGAGCCCGCGCCGCCGGUGCAGGUCCAACAGAAGCCGGCCGCCCUGGGGACGAGUGCUAUGAAGAGCUCCGGGCAGGCGACGCAGAAGAAGAAGGAUGACGAUUGGGAGAAUGAUGAGUGGGAGAAGUUUUAGAUGGGGGUUGUAGAGCAGCUCUGUUUACUCGUUUAUGUCUUCUAUGCUAUAUUGAUGCUUUGAUGUUUUUUUUUUGCGAGCGAAAGCACAUGUAAAGGUACAGCGAGGAGAGUGAUUAUCAAUGCGGAUAAGGAUAAGCACCAUAUGAUAGCGCCACUAGCAAAGUCAAGUCAAG